AUGUACUCUCUCGAAGGCGAUGGGGUUUGCGAGCAUCUGUAUGAGUUUAUUUCGUGUAAAGACGAGCUGUCGUUCCGGCCGACCAUCAACAUUGCAGACACUAUCGUUUACAAGUUUGGACAGCCUGUCAGCUGGUAUUUCACCGGCGUGGACGGAAAGGUCAAGAAAAAAUUCAAAACCAACAUCAUCAACACCAAGAUUGAGGAGGCCUUCGUAAAAGCGAGCGUAGGAUCGGACAUCGUUGCGUACUACAUAUCAUGGACCAGCAAUGGGUCCAAGUACCAAGACGAAAACGAAGACAAAACAACCAUCGAGUACCUGGAUCGGCAAGGCCUACCGAUGGUGAGGGCCAUAUGGUCUCCCAAGAUGUGCUUAUUGGAGAGGAGAGUGAAUUGCCGCCAGCUUCACGACCGGCGCUACGGAAUUUACGAGCGAGCUGUAACGUACGACGGCCCUGACAUCUUCAGCACUGCCUGUCCACUUCGAGGAAGCGUGUUGCCGUCGCAAGUACAAAGGUGUUGUGAAAGCGUUGUGGCGCAUGUAAGUGAGGUACUGUUCAGGAAAACGAGGGUUUGUCGAAUGUCCCUCAACUUUAAGAUCGACUCUCGGGAUCGCGUGUGGUUGCUGUGGAGCAACUCCAUCCGGCUUGCAUCUGAGAUGCCACCGGGGCGCGAGUCCUUCACCUGCGUGGGUGGCCCCAUCAACAUUGGAGAGCUGACCAAUCGAAAGGUCAGGCAAGGAGCGUGGAAGAAUCGCGUUGACCUCGAUCGCAUUAUCUGGCCGUCUGUGCAUGAGUUCAAACUGGCCACUUCGACCCGGUCACAAGUGCAGGCGUAGGUUCUAUGGCUGAUGCCCCACGCGGCCCUCACCCGUACGACAUAGUCAUGCUGGAGGGCGACCCGUGGUGCUCGUGGCGGUGAUGCAAGCUGCGCUGCAGUCUACGUGACAUCAAACGACGCAUUUCUUCUCCCACAGACUGCGUUCGUUUGCGAGUCCUGCUUUCUCGUGUACGCGGAACUGGCAUCGCUCGCAUUUCGGGCAACCGGCAGACAGGCCUUGACGGACCACACAAUAUCUACGCAGUUUAGCGCCAUGCAUCGAUCACACACGCUCAGCCGCUUGAAGUUGAAGGAGGAUUCGUGGCAACCAUUGCCGAAGAAGAAAAGCAGUAUGACACGACCAAUGGGCAGCUCCAACGUGCCUCAACAGGUCUCGCCUGAACUACCAAGAACAAUACGAAGGGAGGAGGACAUUAUCAGGAACGAAGCGGGACGGGCGGAUUCAGGCUCGGGGGUGGUAGAAAAUUCAGGCACACGCCUGGAUGACAUAAUCCGUGCCCGCGAGGAGGACUUUUUCCGUGAACUCAGUGCUGAGGAGCACACCGGCACUCACCCUUUGAUGCAUAUGGUAGCCUCGCAGCAAAAACUUCGCAGCAUUGGAGUGCCAGCUCAUCAGGUGGACCCUCGGGCAGCGAUAAAAAAGUCAAGAAGGGCAGCUAAGAUGAGCCCCUACGAACGGCCGCAGACCCUGGUUGAGUAUACCGGGCGAUCUGAUGCUUCCGCUCUACAAACGAAGCCUGCACACUUGCACACCACGAGUAAAAAGGUAUCGCUCGGGGACCCUCGAGCCGGCAGCAACAGCAGUAGCGGAGACAAGAUCUCAUCAUCUGCAGCAAGGCAUCGCGAAUUUCUGGACAACACAUUGACUGCUGUUCACGAACAGCUAGAGUCAACCGCGCUUGCUGAUAUUAGUGGACAAGGAACACCUUGUGCCGCAGACGAUGGGCAAUAAGAUAGUCUCGGGUGGAAGCAUUAAGACGUACUGCUGUAGAUUAUAAUUCGGUCAUGCUUGUCUUGAUGUACAAUUUCGUCUUACACGUGUGGACUCUUCCUGGCAUGUCUUUUUGACGAACUUCCAUGGCGUGUGAAAAAACACAUGGUACGAUCUACGCCAUUAUCAUUGUCCAAGGUCACCCAAGUUCUGAAGCCCGUUUGGGGGUUGCAGUUUCUGUUGCGACUGAAGAAACAGCACUGAAGGAAGUUUGGGGAACUU